GGAAGGCAGCCAUGCCCCAUUGGCCUUUCCCUCCUAAAUUAUCCAUUUUUUUCUGUGGCCAAUGGAUAAUCAUAGACUCGUACUCAGUUUCUUCCUCUCAACUCUUUCCAUACUCUCCUUUCCUCCAUGGCCACCGCCACUGCUCCUUCCCACCUCACUUCCUCCUUCCCUCGGAAUUACUCUUUUAACCCUCCACGCAUCGUCCCCAUUUCCCUCCGUUACCACCCAUUUCACCAUUCUGCCACGAAAUGUCAGUUUGUCUCUCUCAAAGCUCGCUCUCCUAAGAUUUCUUGCAAGGCUGCAGAAGUAUCAGUGAGUGAGCAAUCUCCCUCUUCCGGGGAGAAUUGGGUUCCUGUGGUUCCGUUGGCGGCUUUGCCUAGAGGAGAAAGGCGGGUGAUUAUUCAAGAUGGGGAGACAAUUUUGUUGCUUUGGUAUAAGGAUCAGGUUUUCGCUAUAGAGAAUAGGUCACCUGCUGAAGGAGCUUAUAGUGAAGGCCUUCUCAAUGCCAAGCUCACCCAGGAUGGCUGUAUAGUUUGUCCUACAACUGAUAGCACCUUUGAUCUCCGGAAUGGAGCUAUCAAAGAUUGGUAUCCAAAGAAUCCCGUGCUCAGAGCUCUAACACCUCCGUUGAGGGCACUCUAUGUUUAUCCUAUUAAAACCGAUGAAGAGAAUAUUUACAUCAGUAUGAGAGGAGGUGUAAAAUCUGAUGCAUCUGCAGAAAUAGUCUUUAGUGGAAAAGCUCAACCUGGUAUGACUGCAAGUGAUGUCAACGUCGAUGAGGUGAGAAUGGUAGUCGAUGAAAAUCAAGAGGGAUUUGGCUUUACCGGGAAGAAUGAAUUGAUUAAUGGAAAGGCUGCUGUAAUUGGCUUCUUGUUGUUAUUAGAUUUUGAGCUCUUGACAGGUAAAGGACUUCUCAAAGGAAUAGGCUUCUUGGACUUUCUAUAUGGUAUAACCAAUGCUUUCCAGUAGAUGCGACAUUUCUUCUUUCAAGGGGUGAGAAGAAUCUCAGUUCCAUAGGAGGUCAUUUUUCUGUUUAGUUACAACACAAUGGUGUAUAAUCUCCAUUUCUUUUCAUAAUUGAUCUGCUAUUGUAUAUUGUUCACAAAUAACGAACAAAGCUGUUUCAUGUUUACUUCUACAUUCCCUUAUAUCUAAAUUCAUCUGUACAAUAAAUAUCAAGUGUUCAAAUA